AUGUUCUCGUUCACUUCGUCAAUACCAGCAACACGACCCCAUGAGCAGCCGUCUAGGAGCCCUGGUAGCCGGUCAAAGGACCUGGGCAUCACCGAUGGAUAUCCAGAAGCUGGUGGAAAAAGCUCAGAAUACAGUCCCAUUUUGCAUUGCAUCUUGGCCGGUGGCACAGGCGGCGCCAUAGGCGAUUCUGUGAUGCACUCACUAGAUACCGUUAAAACACGACAGCAAGGUGCUCCCAAUGCUGUGAAAUACAGACACAUGCUUUCAGCUUACAAAACGAUUUUCGUAGAAGAAGGAUUACGCAAAGGUUUGUACGGAGGAUACAGUGCUGCAAUGGUGGGUUCAAUGCCCAGCGCAGCUAUUUUUUUCGGCACUUACGAGAUUCUUAAACGCACAUUGAUCGACGACUGGGCCGUUAACGAGACCGUUUCGCACCUCACAGCGGGCCUGGGCGGUGAUUUGGUUUCCAGCGUGGUAUAUGUACCUAGCGAAGUGCUCAAAACGCGAUUGCAACUGCAGGGACGUUAUGGUAACCCGCAUUUUAACUCUGGCUACAACUACGUCAACCUCAGAAACGCAGCAGCGACCAUCGUGAAGGUCGAAGGCUGGCAGACGCUGUUUUUUGGAUACAAGGCAACGCUAAGUAGAGACCUGCCGUUUAGCGCAUUCCAAUUUGCAUUCUACGAAAAAUUUCGGCAGUGGGCCUUUAGGCUCGAACAAAAGUCGCAGAACCAAGAUCUAUCCAUUUCAAGCGAGCUGCUUACUGGUGCUGCGGCGGGGGGUCUUGCAGGCAUUUUGACGACACCGAUGGACGUGAUCAAGACGCGUAUACAAACCCAAAUGCCUUCAGGCCGGACAGCGGAAAACCAGCAACUGGUACGUAUUGAGAACUCGUUAUUGAAGGGCCUUGCGGCUGUCUAUAAAUCUGAAGGUACUCUGGGCUUUUUCAGCGGUGUGGGACCGCGAUUUAUAUGGACAAGCGUUCAGAGCAGUAUCAUGCUGCUCUUAUACCAGGUUACACUCAAAUGGUUGGACCGGUCCUCUUCAUGA